AUGGCGAUUUUAUUACGGAGAGAUUGCGACGCGAGUGCCAACUCGGCCAAUUGCGAGAAACCCGUCAGCGAUUUCCUCAAGACAGGGGUGCCGGGGAUUAUCGUGGGAAUACUUGUCCUAAUUGCCAUCUGCGUAUGCUGCUAUCUCCUCUACCGGAAUAAGAAACAAGACGCGCGCGAGGCGGAGGAUGCGCGUCGUUGGAACGUCGACAAAUAA